GAAUAAUAUUCUCUCCCUAAGUAGUACUUACUAUCCUCCACUUCUAGAGACAAUUACAGUUUCAUCCCUAACCCCUUAAAGGUAGUCGAUGCAUCGUUCCAAGCAUCAUGUCUGUAUAGGUGAAAGUAUUUGAAAUAAAAAACAAGUAUGUCUUCUCGUUCUGUGCUCUAUUGAAGGAUUUUGGCUACCGACUUCCCCGGAUUCCACUGUUGGUCUUACUGUUCGAAACAAAGAAAAAAAGAGUAGUGCGCUCACUGCCUUGUGGUACGAACGUAUUUAGUAAGUAAAACUAAUACACGCACACAUCACUAGCACUACUCAGCUGCAGUGCCAGGGAGCUGCCUCUUCAGAAGCACCGACGGCCGCCAGGACGAUCAUCGCCACUCUGGGAGAUUCCGCUGCGACCUGGUUUUACCGAAACCGAUGAUGUCUUUAUCUAGCCUCAUUUGUUUGGUAGCUGUCGCUGUUCACCUGGGCGGUGGUUCUCUAUGGGUCUUCGAUUUUUUUGUUGAUCAGAGCCGGACGAGGACGAGGUUUGCGAGUGUUGCGGCCUACACGUUUCACGUUGCAAACACGAGAAAUAUGCGAUCGUCCGAGCCGCGGCUCGGGAAGGUUGGCCAUAAGAAGGGUGACAACCUGCGUCAUGAUGUUUCCGGGCCAGUCUCCAUUUUUCAAAAAGGCAAGCGGCGAAAGCAGGCUGAGCGACAGCAGCGGAAGACGACUCUGAAACCGGCACCGCAGGGGCGCCGAACAGAAAAACGUCUCCGUGCUCAAGAUGUGGAGGAGGUGCUUGCCCGUCGUCUGGACUCCGCAGCCGCGGAAGGUAUCAGACUUGACAACUUGGCCCGCUGCUGCCUCCUUCGGGGUAUCAACAGGCAAUUAUGUUGCAUGAGAGCAGGAAAUUUCAAUUUUCAAUUUAUUUAGACCACUAUGUUGUCUUGCAAAGCAAAUUGAACGAAACGCAAGACGGGGCCUACGCCUACGUGGCUCGUUUCUAGUCGGCUUGCAUGAAAGAUCGUUGUGCAAUAGAUAAGCAAAGCGACCCACACACGUUGCUUCCAUUGCUAUCUAUAUCAAUUUUGGUUCGAAGUGAUUCAUUGGGGGGGAUGAGGGCCGGGAUUUGUCAAACAGUAUAGAGUACGAGGAAGGACUGGACAUGGACAAACGCAGGUCCCGAGAGAGCUUUCUUGAGCAAAAACAAGGGCUAGACGAUCUUGACGAAGCGCAGGCAACAGCGAUGCCAGUAAUGGCAACGAAAGACACAAGGAACACGAAGCCGCAAUCCGGUUCAGCGUUCAUCGCACAGGAAAUACAGCGGGGUCGGACUGGGACGACCGUAAAUGAGCGGAUGAAGGCCACAGAGACAGAAGGAUCAGGAAAAACCGGCACGAGGAGGACCCGCGCGGCCAGUGGUGCCACCCCUGUGGCGGAUUUCCUUGCACAGGUCGAGAGUAAUCUGAAGGGUUUACGGGACAAAAUCGUCGAGGAAGUCGCAACACAGUGCGCGGAGGAUUCAAGUGAGGACUUUGAAUUUGAUGGUAUAGCAUCGAGUUUGGAAAAUCUGGGUGAAUGUGGGAGUGACCAAUCCUGUUUCGAGAUCAAGAACGGUGUUCAAGUAAGCUACAGUCAUGUGGGCGUGCAGAAUGCAGCAGCCAGUGGGGCAAACACGAAAAAGUACUGUCUGCAGCGGGGAAUUGCGGACCUUUUUCUGCGGGAGUCGCGAAGCACAGCGAGUGGAAAGCUGCUGAGGAGCCCCAUCACAAAUGCGAACAAGGACGAGCCAAGCGCUGAUUUGGGGUUUGCAUCCGUCGUGCUGGAGCCGAUUGCGGCCGGUUCGGCAAACGACCAGGUGAUGGUCCGUUGGCCGCUCAGCAGCCACGCGCCUGACAUGACCAGCGCUCCGUGGUACGUGCGCACGCUGACCCGCGGGGUUACGAAAAACGUGUUGAUUGCGCUGGAUCGGUCCGGAUCCAUGGACAGCACAGACUCCUGGGGGCACGCGGAAACUGCUGCCAGGCGCGUGCUGGAAUCCCUGGGAGUCACGGAUCGCUUUCUAGUGAUGACCUACCAACAUCCCGUGCAAUUUUCUGCGUUUGAGUUUGUGCACGCGACCCAGGAGCAUGUCGACGCCGCAAAACAAUGGCUGGCUGGCAUUGUACCAGGCCUCGGGGCUGGUACUGUUGCGGCGAGCGAUGAUGUUAAUGGCGAGGCGCACUCCCGGCCCGACGCGGAAUAUGGGAUAGGAGCGGCUAUCGUAGUGGGGACGUUGGGUGUGGUCCCGGAUUCGUGGCAACAGAAAAUCAAGAACAGUGUUGCGGUCGGCCAAGCGGAACGGCAGGCGGCUUCCCUUGAUGUGCCCCCCCACAGGAUCGACCUGCCGCCAUUUCCGGUGCCACUGACAGACCAGGUGGGUGACUGUCGGCGUGCUGUGGCUACAAGUUGCGAGGAGACUCUAGUCUUGCUCAUGACGGACGAAAACUUUUCCUCCACACAAUACAACCAUAAAUUUGGCAAGUGGUUAAGCCAUCUCCUUGGUGCGACUACGACAGUGGAUCUGGACAGCGGUGCUGACACAACACCAGAUUCCCCCGCCGUCCGGAUGAACAUAUACCGUUUCGAUACAUCACAGUUCGGCACGCCCUCUGUGGACGGUCCGUUCCAAGCUAUUCAGUGCAAAAAAGAUAUUUGUAUCUAAGAUCGAAAUAGUAAUAGUAGGAGGUAAGUCUAAGUGCAAGAACAACGCUAUGGAAAAAAAAGGCUUCGCUUUCGCUAGCAUGACGAGGGCCCGAUGUCCGGUAUGUAUUUAAGUACAUAGUUCGAAUGCAGCGAAGAUGUUGACGGAUAAGAUCGGAUCAGCGAGGCCAUUUGCGUUUUAUUUCCCUGGUCAUUAUUUGGAAGGACGCUGCUGCUGCGAGACCUAGUUCGGCAGGCAACAAACAAGGUAGCUAAAGCGAAAAUUGGUAUUUCGAUCUAGAUUCAGAGACGUGCGCAUUUGAUAAGAGACAUUGUCGAGCAGUUCCAUGGUGAGGCAGAGGUUGUACAAAGACAAGGAGAUUUACUCGGGGAGCGCAUGGCGACCUACUGGCGAAACCUGAUUUCGCAAGGCGAAGAUAGCGGGGUUGUGUGGACUUCGCACGAGGAUGAAGUCGAAGGCUACCACCUCACAGCUUGCGCACAACUGAAUGUUUUCAAUGGAGCGUUACGUGGCGUGGUAUGUGUGGAUCCUCGAGCAGCGCUUUCGCUAAGCCUCCAACAGCUGCACUGCAUGGACGAUUUUGCGGAUGCAAUGAGUGAAAAAUUGUCUAGCACCGCCUGCAGUAUUGCAACGCAGGCCACGACGCGGCAGACGUACUGCGACAAUUUGACGAGCUACGUUGCCCCUGUUGCUCAGACGGAGCUUCGGGUCCAGGAUUUUGUUGCUUGGACCUACCUUCGUUCUCAGGGCGAGACGAACUUGGUGAACCUCCUCAAAGACGCUGUCUCCGUGAUUCCCUGUGGGCCUGGUGAUCUGGGGCAGUGCUCUGGGUAUCAAGCGGGUGCAGGUAAUAUACAAGGCUACGGGUAUUCUCUGCAAAUUAUACGUCCGGGUUAGGGAAGUAAGUACAUAUUUUUGUCAUGCCACCUUCCGAGGAUAGACAUAGAAAUACAAAUAGAUGAACAAAAUAGACUUUCCUGUACUUGGCGUGUUACGAGGCGUCUGAUGAAAGUGGUGACGUAGUUCUAGUUAGUUACACGAAAGUAGGAAAAGACGAAACUUGGACAAGUCAGUGGAGUGCCGCUACCCUACGUGCACUCCGCUUGAUAAAAAGCCAACAUCAGUACUAUUCACAGUCUUGUGGCUAGUUGUUCCCCUUUGCAUCGUAAACACGCGAUGAAGCAGCGCACUGCUGCUGCUUGUGCAUCAUCUAGCUACGCAGAUUCUCAUCAACUCCUCCAGAUUGCAUGUGAAAUAGGCAAAGCUCAAGCUGCGCAAAUUUCCCUGACCCUCACGGAUUGCCCCCUCAUACCGCGCAGCGCACCUUUGUGUAUCCAUCGAAGGACCUGUUUUCCACUACGCAAAUAGAAACGCGCGCACGCCCUUGUCCGCCACAGCUGCAGUAGGCACAGACAGGAACUCUCUUUGCCUGGCAUUAUUUCUUGAAAAAUGUUCAUGUUGGGCAUGGUAAUGUUACAACUGCCUCUUAUUUCAACUUUUCCGCGCCAUCACUCAAUCAUCAUGCACCUCCACCAGUGACAUUGCAAUGAUAAUUCUAAUUGUAGGCAGCAGCGCAAGUGGAACACUGAGGAUAAUUUAUUGCCGCCUGCCGUGCACGGGAAGUGGAAGUCAAAUGAGCUAAGUAGAAGAUGUUGAAAACGAAAAGCAACUGUUGCUGCUGCAGCGACUAAGUUCGUUGCGCGCUUGAAAGCAUUGCUGGUCGGCGAGCCAAGCGGGCGCCUUCGAUUAUGGCACGACUUUAUUCAUGCUUGAUAUUUAUGAGUAUCACAUCAGGCAAAGGCGUGCAGUUGCCACAUCUGGACAGGUGUCCGCACAGCUCCCCCCUAGUCGGGUGCCAGUCUGCGAAGCGCAGCUAUUGUGCAGCUGUCGACCGAGGGUUUGAGUAAGAGGCUCAGGUGGGCCACCGAAUUCCAGAUCGAAAAAGUGAAAAUCCGAAUGGCAAAACAUAGGCAGAAAAGUGUUUCCUUCCAACUCAAACUGUCUGCAUCAGCAAUGUUCCGACUGUUGUGGCUUGCAGCGUAGGAAGUGGCGUGCGCUUUUCCCCACGAUAUUCGCCGGCGGAGAAAACUACGACCACCAUCAGAACACAGGGCCUUCCGGCGUGUGUCCUCCGCCUGUAUGAAUUGCAAAAGUUGUGUCUGGGUCUGGAAGAUUGCAACUUGUGAUGCUACAUUUGGAUACUACAAAAAUCUGUAUUGCGUGAACAGUAAAGGAGGUCCAGUUUUUGCCACGGCGAGAGGGUAUUUCUCAUGCGGUAUUAGGCAUCAGGAAGCCCUCACAGAAUGAAUCUGUGAUGCUAGGGCAUGCAUCACAGACGUCAAGACUCAUGCAAACUGUGCUUGACAAACCUUGCAUCCUUCCAGACCCAGACAUUUUUGCAAUCCAUAGCCUGUCUGCCUGUGCAACAACGGAGAUGUCAACGAGACACCUUCAUCCUGUACCAAGAAUGGGCACCAGAACUGCCAGUCUUGCCACUCGGGAUACGAACCGCGAAGUGGCUGGCCGUCGGCGCAAGAAACGGGCUGUCAUCCUGUUUGUGGAGGCAUGCAAGAAUGCCCAGCCCCGGAUUCCACCGGCGCGUACCACAUUCGGGAUGAUUCGAAGCCAGCCACGGCGUGGUGCGAUAUGCAGGACGACGUUGCGCUGGUUCUCGGCGGCAUGAGCCAGCCGGAUAGCACGGCACAAAGCGCCUGUCAAACUACCUGCUGCAUAAAAGGAUGCAAGAUACCGGCUCAGCAGUAAGACUGGCUUUUUUUUUACUUCGAUUAUGAAUUCAUUUUCAUUCAUUCAUGCAGGUGUAGAAGUAGUAUUCUGACUCGCAAGUGCAAGAAGACUCAGAACCCCUAUAAAAUACAACAUACGACGCGUACAUUUGCAGCGCAUGCGACCCCGGAUUUCACCCGACCGAUAACGGUACGGCGUGCGCAGAAAACGUCUGUGCGUGCGAAAACGGCAGCCCUUUGAAGGGACCGCCGAUCUGCGCGGUAAACGGGGUGACGCCGGGAUGCGCUACUUGCGACGACCCGACGUUUGAGCUCAUUGACAACACCUGCGUCGCACCGGGCACGACAGCAACACCAAACACUACUGGUGGUUUUUGCAUCCAACCGGGCGGUGGAUCAGGCAGUGUCGAUGUUGCCUACAAUCUCUCUGCGGUUGUGGACUGGGUCGGGUUUCUGUCUUCCCCUGCUAUGCAGCCCCCGAUGACCGCCGACGCGGGAGAAAUACUUGGGAACGCCUCGUGCGCAGUAGGUUUUGCGGGAGAGCCUACGUUUUGGUGCGCGAACGCCAGUGAGGAGGUGCUGAUGACGGGUUGCGCGGCCGCGCACGUGGUCGUGACGGAGGAGCCUACUGAUAAUGUAACGCUCACAACCGCACCGCAGGUCGAGCCGGAGCCGAACGCGACCGACACCGAGGGCGGCACCCUGGCGGCCCCCCUAAUCGGCGGGGGUGCUGGACUUCUCCUCCUGCUCCUCCUGCUGCUUCUGUUUCUGAUGAGUUGCGGCGCGGUGGCGGCGGACGACGAGGAGGAGCUCGAGGAGGAGGAAGAGGAAGACGCCCGGUGGGAUUACAACCCGGAAGUCGAGGCGAUCGGGCUCGACUUUGGCGACUGCGAGACGGCUUUGCUGGAAACCGGGCUGAGCGCCGCGUACGCCGCGAAAUUGGCGCGGCUUCUGGCGGGUCCGGAAAGGAAGGACAAGAAAGUGGAGGCGCCGACCGAAGACUCGGACCUCACCGCGAUGCAGCACCUCGGCUUCGAAUUCGAUACCGACGACGGGGUGGAGGUCGGGUUCGUGCGGGGCAUGAUGCGGCGCGCCGUCGUCAGGCACAAGGCCGACCCCGAGCACUACACCUUGGGGACGGCGUUGUUGGCCUGCGGGUACGAGUUUGGCGCGGCGGAAACCGCCCUGGUUUACGGCGGGCUGACGCGGGCGGGUGCCCGCAAGGUUGCGAAACACGCGGCGGGGCCGACCCUAGACACGGAGGUGCUGGACGUCCGCGCGCUGGGCGACGCCGAUACAGAAGCCCUGCGAAGAUACUGGGGCUUCGAAGGAGCCGACACAGAAGCCCUACGAAGAUACUACGGCUUCGAAGCCGCGAGCAAAAGUACUAAAGGUGGCAGUGACACUAACGUUUUGACCGCGGGCACGCUGCGCCAGGCGCUGCGGGCCAAAGUCGCCCGCGACGAUACACACGAAGACGAGCGACACGUUUCGACCUUCGCAUUCGACGUCGGUCUUGUGGAGACGGCCUUCAUCAGUGCCGGCCUCACGCCGGCGUUCGCGAAGAAGAUGGCGAGGCAGGUGACGGACCGGGAGACCCACGACGAUGACGAGCUAACCGACCCGGAGGACGAAAAGGACGCGGAAAUCAUGAAACAGCUCGGGCUGGAGUUUGCGGGGCCGGAGCGCGUCGGACGCAUGCGUGGAUUUCUGGAGAAGGUGGCCGCACAACAGAACCCGAAGAACGCGUCCUCCUCCAAGAAGCUGCACACCGAGGACCAGAUCCGGCAGCGCUUGGAAGACGCCGGGUUCUCCGAGAAGGCGGUUCGGUUCCUCGCGCCCGCCUUGGUACGGAACGCCAAAGCCGGGAAGUCGGACGAUUUGCAGCUGUCUGCGGAGACGCGGCAGCAGUUCGAGGAGGUCGCGGAGGGGCACGACCUCGACCUGUUCGGGGGUAUCGAGCGCACCAACGCGUGGGCGCCGUUCGCGUACACGAAGGGCGCCCAACGCGCGUCGCGGUCAAGCAGCCAGUCCGAUCUCGCCGUGGCGAUCGACCUGCGGGCUCUGAUCGCGGGGCAGUUUGGGUCCACCGAACGAACGAGCGCGGGACCCGGUGGAAUUAUCCAACACGAAAAAGAUGAAGCGUUACAAGACACUCAGCACGAUUAAUUGACAUGUGGUCGGUUUUGCUGUAUGAUUUUCAUCGUUGACAUUUAUGCUCAGAGGGUGUAGUUCGCACUUUUGGAAUAAAUCUGAGUGAAUAGGACCACUGGGGCUGAACUAGGCCUGAAGCCAAAGCCAUUUUUCCGCUGACGACGGUGGAACAAAGACUCUUCAUUGGGUACUAUCAGUAUGAGAGUGAGUACAGGUACACAGUGAAGUGUAGUUCGUCGUGCGGGCUGGUUUUGUAAACACUUUUUUUUCCUUUUCCAUAGCCCUGCUUUUCACCGCGAUGCCGGCUCCGAAGCGUUUUCACCGAAAGAAGAAGCCGCCGCCGAGGGCGCCGGGUUCGGGCGAUGGAGGGACCCCCGCCCCGGAAAGUCGAAUUGGGACGCUUCCUGCGAAAAAGAAGAGGAAAAAGUCGGCACCGCCCCCGAGGCUGUGUCCGUGCUUGUUUCCCUCGGUGGCGGAGGAUGCAGCACCCGAAUCUUGUUUGUCAUCCUCUCCGCCAACUAGCGCCGCGAGAUCUACUUCCGUGGCCGCAGCCGCAACCAAAACAGACGGAGCCUCGCCUAACUCCCAAGGCGGGGAUGCUGGGGAUGCUUCUGCGGCAGCGGGUGCGAAGAAUGGUGAAGAGGAGCAGCACGACGAGAAUGAGCACGCCGUUGUUACCGUAAAACGGAACGCCACCGGCCUGGAGUCGUCCGGAGCGUCCUCGGCAGAGAGCGUAAGUUCUGGGGACACCGACGACGGGCACAUCGGGGGGCCGUCCCCGAAGAAAAAGAAGCAGAAACAAAAGCUGAAGGCGAAGCCAGGCAAAUCCAAAUCGAAGUCCACCAAGGUGGGAAGCAGCGAGACGAGCGGCUUUCUCAACCUUGGUAGCGCAGGGACGUCGGAUCCCUCGAAGGUGUCAGCGGUGACCGACUCCGCCCAGAGCUCCGGCUCUUCAUUGGAUAUCCCACUUGAAAUUUAUUUCACUUUCGUCUCCGAAUAGAUUUUGGUGUACAAAAUGAGUCAAUGCUCGUCAGAGUGAAGAAGUCAGGACGUGGGGCUUUGCAUCUUUGACCUGUGGAGGUCCUACUCGUUUUGCAUGAUAUCAACUUGAGUUGUUCAUUGUUGAGAUACAUAGCUGGAAGUCAGGGUGAUUUUUUGAAGUGGGAUGUCGGAAGACUCGUCCGGCAGUGGUGACAACGAGACAGGCAAAGGAGAGAAACGCCACGGGAAAAAGCACCCAAAGAAAAAGAAACCGACUGGAGCAGCCCCGGUCGCCGCGCUUCCCCCCGGGCUGCUUGGCGAAGCGGAGGCCGCGCUGCAGGCGAUCGGCUUCACUCGGCGGCAGGCUCAUGCGCUCGGGCAGCAGAUUGCUGACACCGCCGAGGGCGAGUUGAAAUCCGAGGCAAUGCGCCUGAACGACGAAGAACGGUUAUCAAAUGAAACGACGUAAAUCCUCGAAAGAGGACGAAACCGCGUGCAGCACGCGAUGCGACCAGCUUGUUUCUACUUUAGUUUUUGCAUUUCGUUUUCGACAACGUCUCCUUCUCCUUCUCGCCUAGCCAACACUAAAUGCUAAAGUGCCUAUGAUUGAUUCUGAUGCUGUGAUGUUGAAAAAGCGGGGUGAACAUCAAAUCGCUGGCUACAAGUCGAAGCCUGGCGUGCUGCAGCGCAGUAUUUUUUCCAACGCAUACCGGCAAAUCGCGGAAAAGGGACUCGGCGGGGCCACAAUCCUCGAUUUGCAAGAUCUGGUGGCCGAAUUGGUACACCAAAAGCCGGAAUUCUUUCACGAGUACACCGAUGGAGACGAUGCGGUGAACGCAGACACACAGGCUGCACUCGACCGGGGAGAGCCGGUUUCCAUUCUCGCCCACAAGGUAAAGAAAGCCAAGCACCCCAAAGCCGGCGCAAAACACAAGCCAAAGGCAAAAGCCGCAAAAAAGCACCAUUAACGACAACUUACUUCCAAUGUGGAAAGUUUUUUUAUCUGGUUUCUUGCACUUCCAGCACCAAAUGCAAAAGCAAAUCCGAUCUGAAAGGGAUGCAUUUAUGGUUACAGCAGAUUUUUUGAACAUAAUUAUAAUUAACAUCUACGUCAGCCACAGCGAAGUCGUUGAGUUUUAUCUUCGCUGUUGCUCGCCAGUUUUUUAGAAAAUUUUAAGUUUUACCCAUUCUCUCACGUUCCCAAGAUGUAGGUCUCAUUCUCUUGAUGAAUUGCAACAACUUUUCUCGCGUCACGAGACGUAGCAGUAAAUUUUUAACUUACUUGUUGCAGAAAACAGUCGUUCCCCGACCCAUUCCUACAGGCAAAGUGCCAGUUUCUUUCGUUCCCCUUUCAUUCUCUUUCUGAUUCACGAAGCCCCGGAGUUGAAUGACCUGCAGAAGCCAAUCUUCAGGGUAAGUAUCGAUCCUAGAAAUCUCGUACUUGAUAUGACGCCGAAUUCGAG